GUCGCACAAUCCGCUAGAGUUUAAUAUCGGCACUUCCUCCUCGAAGUGGAGCCUACCCUAGGAGCUGACAGCACUCCACACUUCAGCACCCUUGAGCCGCGCGCACUCAUCACCACCUCUCUACCCACCGGGAUGGCGAGGCGACCUAGACACAGUGUUUACAGUAGUGACGAAGAUGAUGAUGAUGUGGAGAUUUAUGAUCAUGACUACGACGGUCCUCAUGCCAAGACAGGAAAACGCCACCUCGGCAAGACACGCUGGACCCGUGAAGAGGAUGAGAAAUUGAAGAGGCUGGUAGAGCAUCAUGGAUCAGAAGACUGGAAAGUCAUUGCCAGCUUUCUACCUAAUCGCACAGAUGUUCAGUGUCAGCAUCGUUGGCAAAAAGUUCUCAACCCUGAACUAAUCAAAGGCCCAUGGACUAAAGAAGAGGACCAACGGGUGAUUGAGUUGGUUCAGAAGUAUGGCCCUAAGCGUUGGUCUGUUAUCGCAAAGCAUUUGAAAGGUCGGAUCGGUAAGCAAUGUAGAGAGCGUUGGCACAACCACCUGAACCCAGAAGUGAAGAAGACUUCCUGGACUGAGGAAGAAGAUCAGAUUAUUUACCAAGCUCAUGAGAAACUUGGAAACCGAUGGGCAGAGAUUGCCAAGCUACUUCCGGGCAGAACUGAUAAUGCCAUAAAGAACCACUGGAACUCCACUAUGCGGCGGAAAGUUGAGCAGGAGGGCUACCUGCAGCACGCCGCCAAAGUGAGCCCCACUCCACUAAACAACAGCUACGCUAAACCUCCUCACCUCCUAAACUACAAUCACACAACGAACAAUGCAUCCAUGCCUGCCUCCAUGAGCAACCAGUAUCCAUACUACAUGUCUGACUCACAACGGGUGCCAUUUCCACUUGCUCUUCAGUUGAACAUCUCGAACAUGCCUCAACAUGGCACUGCUGCUAUCCAGAGACACUACAGCGAAGAGGACCCCGAGAAAGAAAAGAGGGUGAAAGAGAUUGAGAUGCUCUUGAUGUCAACAGAAAACGAGCUGAAGGGCCAACAAGCACUACCAAUCUCCAUGGCUGUCUUCAGUGGGUGGAGCCGUGGCUCUUUGACGGACAGCUCAGCUGUUUCAGUCCCAGCACCAUCCCUAGAGCAGGGCUGCCUUCCAGAAGAGAGCGCCCAUGGCAACACAAACAGCCCAAACAAUGACAACAACUCCACCUUGCCGGAGUUUAUUGAUGCCAUUGAUUCGUUCUUCAAUGCAUCAGUGAGCCCAGACUCAGACAGUCAAACCUUACCUGUCACGCCCUCACCUGUCUGCUCCCAGAAAGCACUGCAACAUGACAUCGCUCUCCGACCUCAGAAAGAAAUUGAGCUAUUCCGCACCCCCAAUCUGAGGCGUUCCAUUAUGGAGUGCUCUCCUCGCACACCCACUCCGUUCAAAUCAGGACUGAUAAUGCAAGAUGCCAAAUACGGACCUCUGAAGCGGGUCCACAGUCCUUCACUGGACUCUUGUGUGGUUGGCACUAUCAAGCAGGAGCCUCAGGAGUGUGAGAUCAGUGUAGGAGGGGUGCACCUGGACCAGCCUCCCCUGAAGAAGAUCAAACAGGAGGUGGAGUCAACCUGUCUGCAGUGGGAGGGGCAAGAUCUACACACCCAGCUCUUCCCUUCCAGUGACUCCGCCCAUGACUUGCCUGAUCUGUUGACUAGCUCUGUGCUGAUGCUCACCACUGCAGAAAAAACUGAGGAUGGACACAAAGCUGCCCACCUGCCACACAGAGCCAUGGGAAGCCCUCUGCAGCAGUUGAGCACAUGGGAACAGGUACUUUGUGGGAAGACAGAGGACCAGACGAUGCCCUCUGAAUCCUCACACAAAUACCUCAGCAAUUUUUCUUCACGAGCACUGGUCAUGUAAAGAGACAACAGAAAUUUAGAAAGGGAAGUAAAUGGAAGGAGAGUGAACAAGAAGACAAUCAUUCUUCAAAAAGAAGUAAAAGAGGAACACUCCAACACUUGUGGUACUUAAUUUGGGAGAGGCUCAAAGCCAUUGUUUAGACUGCACAGUCAAUGUUAGUUGGCAAUGUUUAAGCUGUGCCCGCAUUCAUUUUAUUGAACCAACCAAAGACAUUUUACAUGUUGUUUUUUCUACUUUUUUAUUUCAUUUUAAUAAUAUUGUAUUAUAUAUUUUGUAUUAUAUAUGGGAUAUGAAUUCUCUAUGUGGGUUUUUAAUUUUAUGGAUUUUAAUAUAAGGAACAAUUUGCAGUAAUUUAUUAUUUUGUAUUAAUAAUAAUUAUCUACAGUGGGCGGCUUUGCCAGUGUUUGACCCCAGUAUUUGGGCUUUCUGCUCAUGUCUUAAUCGCUAAACGUGUGUUAAUUGUAAGGAGCUUGUACUGUAAGUGUCCCCCAAGCAUUAUCAAAAUCAUACACCCAAAACUAAACAAAAUGGAAAUUAGACAAAAUUGACUAAAUCUGUAGGUGUUGAACAGCACUGCCCUUGCAGAGAUCAUGUAUUUCAAACAAAUGCCUAUCAGCACUGCUAUGUAUUCCUGGUCAAAACAGGCAUUAGCAAAUCGUUUAUGACAUCCGUGCCCAAUGCCUACAAAAAUCCCUUUGCCAAGUUUGAACAUUCUAGCUGACAUUUUUACGUGAUAUAUCUAGUGUACAAAUGUACUCUGCCAGUUUAGUAGUGUUGCCAUUUCAAAAGAGUUCAAGAUUGAAACCACAAUGUUGAGCUUUCAUUGUAUUAGCACUAUUUCAGGUUUUAGAUCAACUAUGCAGAGAUUUCAAUAGAACAAAUUAUUUUAUUUAAUUGUUUUGUAUUUGCAAACAAAGAAAAAAGUUUACCAAUCAUUUUCAAAUCAAGGGUUUAAAAUGUACCUUUGAAAUUAUAAAACAUUUCUUUAUCACUUUUUCAUAAACACUUUUUUUUACAUCAAUUUCUAAUCAGAUUUACAUUGGAAUUUGUAGUUUUUAAAACACUGAAAUGAUUGUUGCUUUUAUACCUAGUCAGCUUGUUUUUGAUACAAUCAGCCUUUGAUACUACGAUUGCAGAGUCCAGUCAGAAGAAAAGCAUUUAGCAAUAACGUUUUUGUUAUUCGCUGCCUUUUUUGUAUUAGCUUCAAGUACAAACACUUUUUUUACACUGAUUAUGAGCUUUUCAUACGUUUUUAUACUUUUAUAACUGCCUUGUAAAUAA